AUGCACCGUUUAGAGAUGGGCCAGCGAAAGGCUUCGAACACUGCCAAGCUUCUCCAACACUUUGGCGCAGAACUAUUGUGCUGGGGAGUGGAGGAACACGAUGCGAGGCUGCGCCAAAUUUUAGAGGACGAUGAGGAGGGCAGCCUGGUGCUCUUCCCGAGCCCAGAUGCGGUGCAGGCUCAGAGUUUGGGGACAGCACCGCGUCAAGUGGUUGUCCUGGAUGGCGGAUGGCGCGAGUGUGUUCGGAUGAACAAUUGGAUCAGCCCCAAGAUACGCCGCUGCGUUGUGACCACAGCAUCCCGCAGCGAACUUGGCGGAACCAGGAAGUACAGCGGGGGCACGGAUGAUCGCGUUCAAACUGCCGCCGCUUUCGUCACGCUCUUGCGCGAGCUUGGAGAGGAUGAGAGGGAAGUUGAAUCUGUGCGAGACGGCUUAGCGCAUUACAUGGAGUGCUUCGAGGCGCAGAUCAACCGUUCCAAGACGUAG